AUGAUUGUAAAGGCCUCCGCCACGACAGUCAGGGUGGUUGCGGCCAUUCCAAUGAUAUAUGCUGCGACGGCCAAUCUGGAAGAUUUCGAGAGUCCAGGAAGCACAGCCUUGCUCGCCUCCGGCAGUAGCGAAACCGCACCUGGUGCGUUAGACUCCAAUAUUGCCACCAAGUCAAAUGAGAAUGACAACGUGGGCGUGGAGCAACUUGAAUACUUAGAUGCACCCUUCUCGCCGCUACAAUAUCCCCAGAGCCCCACUGCAUAA